UCGCUUUGUUCAUCCAAGUCAUCCUUGUGUUAUGAUGUCACAUUCGUGCCGUCGCGCCCGGAGUCCUGCGCUAUCAUCCAUGCUAAACAAGAGCAUCUCAAGGAACCAAAGCUAGAGCCACGUUCUUUGCACCGCCAUAGAUUCUGGGUUACGGUUAACUGUGGAUGCUUGGAGUUCGAAAUUCGGGUAGCAGCCCAGGUAUCCUUGGGGAACGCUUUCUUCUCCAUCAUUUCGCACUAAUUGCACCAAUACCCCUGCAUAGCGUUUCUGGUAAUCGAACGUCUCAUAAGGUCAUUCGUAAGAAAUGGUCUGGAGCCUCGUUGUGUUGGGAAUCUGUCCACGAGCUACUGAAAACAGCGUGAUCGCGCAAUCAAGUCUGGAUGAGAUCACAUUCUAAGUGUAAUACCACCUUAUGGUGGCUACUUUAACAGCGAUAUUGAACUUGUGGGUGGCAUCUAGGCUUGGUGGGGAUGCAACAAUCAUGCCAUCGUUCCGCGCCAUAAUCCACAGCGUUCAACGGGAUGAGGUCACAACUGCUUGUGUACAUACAGAUCCCGGGCAUAGAUCUUUUUCGUCUGUCAAAAACAACGGAUGCAAACUUGAUAUACCCAUUUGAAAGGCUUAGGCACUUUUUGAUGCUCAGUAUUGAUCGGCUUUUCGGCACCCCAAGCUCAUGUAUACUUCUGGGCGACAAGGCUUUCAUCCCACUUACCUACACGAUCUCCAAAACUAUGGUCGCUUAUUGGUCACUUCAACGCUUGAAGGUGCUUGAAUCUGUAUUUUGUGGAGAUCCCAAGGGCUUGAAUCAUCAAACAUGGUCUCACACACCUUAUUGCGCUCUUUCCGCCGAUGGAAGCGAUUAUUGCGUUUACACAUCUAACAUGGCGGGCGAGAACGGCAUUUCACUAAUACUACCCCCGUCAGUAGCGCAAGAGACGUCUCUCUUGAUCAACAAUGCAUCACUCAACGCUUUUGCGGAGUCUCAUACUAGACGGCCGGAGAGUGCAGUAUCUCAAGAUGCAUCAAAAGAUGAUUCCAAUACCACCCCGCCAUACGAAGUGCGGGCUGUACCGGGUAAAGGCAAGGGCGUCAUUGCCACACGACGCAUCAAGAAGUGGGAGACGAUAAUGGUGGAUCAAGCAGCUGUAGUGAUUGAUCGGGGCAUCAAAAAGGCUGUGAGCGAGAGCACGAGAAAACAGCUGAUGAAGAAAGCGACCAAGCAAUUGAGAAACCCAGACGCCGUGUUGGAGUUGAGCGGCGAUCAUGAUGCGCACGGUGAAAAAGGAAACAAUCGGGAGAACAAUUCUCAAAUCGCGGAUGAACAAGAAAGUAACGGUCUAGCAAACAGCGUGGAGUAUAUACUACAGACCAACGGGUUUGGAGCUACGGUCGCCGGCGUCAAAUGUCGGGCGUUGUUUCCGCUCAUUUCGGUACUUCACUCCCUGCUUCCCAAUAAACCUCCUUUGUCGCUCUGCGAUGUUUCAAGAAUAUCUGUUGACAGGCAGCACACAGAGAGUCAAUCAUGAUUGCGCCCCCAACACAUAU